ACACGUUCCACAAGGUUACCCGCAAAUAAAAAUAGAGAAUUAUCUUUGUUAUUUUGGGAAAUGAUUUGUGCAUGAUUCAUUGAUUGCCAUUUCGAACUGGAAGUAACGGGUCAAAGACAUUCCAGCAAAAUUAAAUCUUUGCACAUGCCAUUCAGUAUGUCAUCCAAAGUGAAAGAUCCUGACAAAGAAGAGUUCCUGCAUCUGGGUUUGAAGAAACUCAAGGUUGAUUCAGAAUGGGAUGAUACAAAAGUCCAAAGUGGAGUUGCAUCUUACAACUUGUUUAACUUGUGGUCUGGAGAUUCAAAAAAGGAGUUGAAUCAUCAUGGCAAAGUAUCCAAGCAAUUGAAAAUAAAGCAGCCAAGUCGUGAGAAGGAGAGAGUUGAACCAUAUCCAGCUGAUUGUGUUACAUCACUUCAGCGGCUGUGUCUCAGUCAAGAACAGUGUAAUAAAAGAUUCUGUUCCUGCAAGAUGGAUAUGUCGUCCUCUUCUCCGAGACACAGACAGAAUCUUGUUCACAUUGCUGGACAGCAAAGGAAAUUAAUUCAAGAUGCUCGACUUAAGUUGCACCAUGCACAGAAAGAUCACAGGCAGGUCAUCAGGGCAGCUAAGCUACAGCUACGUCAUCACUAUUUUCAAGAGAUGCACAAGCAUGAGAAGACGAUGAAAAAAAGGGAGCAGUUGUCACUUCCCACUUCACCAUCUUAUAUAUUUGGGUCAAAGUCAUCCAAGAACUUUGACAGUUUUAGCAGGAUCCAUGCUUCCAGCACCACCUCCAAUGUGACGGACUGUAGCAAGAAAACCAAAGCAGCUUGUUUCAGUAGGCACCAUGAUAAGCUGUCAUCCGUUCAUUCUUCAUGUUUUAACAUGGUUACAAGUAGAAAGAAACCCGAUACAUUGUGUAAAAAUUUUGGUAAUCACAGGAAUCGUCAGAGUGAAGAAUAUGUGCAAGGCAGCUCUUCUUCGAAAGAGGAUAGUUCGGAUACUUCUAGUUGCAAGCCUGAAUACUCCACGGAACUCAGCUGCUCACAGGAAGCCAGACUUGAUGAUCUUAGUGUUAAUGAGUUGGCUGGAUAUUUUGAAGACUUUGUUUACAUACCCAAAAAAAUGUCCAUUAUGGCAGAGAUGAUGUAUACUUGAAGACUGGUGUUCAACAAUUGCUUUUGGUUUUGUAGAAUAUAUAUAAUUAGGUAUUUAUAAGAUGCCUUUACAUUUUUGAUUUCCAUGUUGUAUAAUACAAUAAUUUAACUUAUAAUAUUCUUUAAAGGUUGUAUGCCAUUUUCUACACUAUGAUAAAGCUAUCAGCAACAAAAAAACUUGUACUUUUAGCAUGUUUUAAAAUCAAAAUACAUUCUUUUAAAUUAUGUAUUGAUUAUGAUAUUUUGAUAAUAAAUAAUAUAUAUAAAUUCAAUUUUUCCACAUAUAUAAAAAGCUAUAAAGUUGAUUGGUCUUCAUCUUUGUUUUCUUACCUACAAACACAUUCAAAGGCACUUUGUAUUAAUUAAAUCUACAAAAUCUUUAUUAUACAGACCAUUUAUAAUUUAAUUAACAUCCAUUGAGUGUAAUCUGGAUUUCUAUAUUAACCAGAAUGAUCUCAAAGUCCUGUCCAGUAAUAAUACAGGGUUCGUAGCGGUCUUUAAAUUCCUUGGAAGUCUUUGAAUUUGAAAAAAGGAUUUUAGGUCUUCUUUAAAAGUCUUUUAAAUUCUCACAAAUCAUAGCCAUAGCAAUGAUGAUAUCUAUUAUAGCUGCAUGCACUUGAUAUUUUCCAGUUACAAGGUUUAAUCUGUCAUGAUGCAUGUAAAAAAGCACAAUUUUUUGCCAUGGACAGCAAUGGAAAACGAACUGAUUUAGUAUUUUUAUCGCAUUCUAUUGUCUUUGACCACUGUGUAAAAGUCUUUGAAAAUGGCAGGUAAAAGGCUUAGUCUUUGAAUUUGUUUGUUCUUUAAGGCUAUGAACCCAGUAGUAGCUUUGGUGGUAUUUCAGCUUAGUUAUAACACUCGAUAAAAUUAACAUAUACCUGUUUUUAUUGCAUCUUUAUAUUUUAACAUCCAUGCAGGAUCAGACUUAAUGUCCAUAUGAAGCAAAGAUUGUAAUUUAGGAUGGAUUGCCAAGGUUUUAAAAAUGGAUGAAUACUUGUUUGAGUGUGCCCAUUAAAUAUACUGAACCGAAGGAAAAACUUCAUGUGUGAAUAAUUACAUCCAUAAUCAGGGGCGUAACUAGGCUUUUGAAAUGUGUCCUUAGUUUUGUGUGUUAGAGGGCAAAUCAUGUCGAAUGAUACCCACUCCCAUGCCAUUCUCCAACAUUUGUUACAAGUAGAUGUGGUAAAAAAAAUUCUGCUCUUAUUUUACACGCAAGAUAUUCGUAUUACAAAUUCCAGCAAAAAACAACACAUUUUUCGAUUCCAAAAAUGUAUCUAUAUUUUACUAUUUAAUUCAUAACGGUUCAACCAUAACUUCCGAAUCAAGUAAAAAUUGACAUAUAGAUUUAGUAUCACAGUAAUUACACAAUUUUGCUACACAUGUAUGUUUUAUCUCCUUUAAACCCCUUCUUAUAAUUACAAAAUAUUGUUACAUGUACCUCAUAUGCCACUGUGUAACGACCUCAGCAAAAUAAAUUCUCUUCUGGUAAAAAUAUAAAUUCACCUCAUCUAAUCCAUGAUUACAUUAAUUAUGUUUGUGAUUGAAUGCUAAUUGUUCUUAUAAUAAAAUAUUGCACUGGUUCCAUACUCAACAACAAUUAUAAUAAAAAGGUUUUCACGUUUAUAUGGGGAUUGCAUUCGUUUAUACUAUAGGCACACUGAGUGUAAGCACAUGGGGUUGUAGGCGAAAUUAAUUUAGGCAAAGUGGGUUGUGGACAGAAUGAGAGGAAACUGUCGUAAGAAAGUGUACACAAAAUUAUUCUGGUUCAUACAUGUGGUCUAUAUAUUUUUCUGUUCAUAAUAUUAUUUGCAUCAACUGAAAAAAUCUAGAUGGUCAGUUUCCAUAUGAAUUGCUGAUCAUACUUGAACCGUCAACUAGAUAUCGAGCCAUAGAAUAUAUUAUGUAAUUGAUAUAAUGGAUAUAAUUUCUCACCUUUAAAUGCUCUUUUUUUUAUGGAAUCUCUGUUCUAUGCAGUGUGUGUGUGUGUGUGUGUAUGUCAUUAUAUGACAACCGUUAUUAUAAUCAGAAUUUAUAUCUUUGCACCAAGAAGAGUCAAAGGGAUUUUUUGACAAGAUCGUGACUGCUGCCAUGAAUCACUGUCAUGUGUUUUGUCUAUAGCUGGACUGUCACUCCCCAAGACAAUACAUUCUUCCUCACAUGUCUAUAGAAGGACUCGGGGAUCUCAUGACUGGAGUGACAAAUUAAUAGCGUCAUUUGAACGUCACACCUCAACAUGGAUCUGGUGACAGGCUGGUAACUUCAUUUUAACGUCACUCCCCAAGAUAAUACAUCCUUCCUCGCAUGUCUAUAGAAGGACUCGGGGGUCUCAUGACUGGAGUGACAAAUUAAUAGAGUCAUUUGAACGUCACACCUCAAAAUGGAUCUGGUGACAGGCUGGUAACUUCAUUUUAACGUCACUCCUUAAGACAAUACAUUCUUCCUCGCAUGUCUUUAGGUUGCAUAGUACCAAAAUAUUUACGGAGUAAAAGCAGCUGUGGGUGUGAUUGGUAGUAAUAUGUGACAUUGAUUAUUUGUGCAAAUACUAUUAUCCAUUGACAAUAAAUAAAUACACUUUUA